AUUUUCAAAUUUGACAACAACACAAACAAAAAGAGUCAGUUUGUAGAAAAUCAUUUUAAAGAAAGUAAACUUGCUAUAUACAUAGUUAACAUGCUUCCAUAGUCAUGUUGCCAUGUAUAAUGUUGUUUUGAUGGUUAGAUAUUCAUGUAUUCUCUGUGCACUCCUCCCCAAGUUUUUCUCCCUCAGCAGUUCAGAAAUUUUAUUUUAAUACCAAUUUUGUGAUAUUUUUAUUCACAAAAGAAGCAUUGUGUUGCAUUGUUGAUCAAGUAAAGUGUAUAACUGUUCUCCAACAUGGUAUUAUAUUUGUUACAUUUUCUUUAUAGGUAUAAUAUAUAAAGAAAAAUGGGUCGCAAAGUUACAUUGGCUACAUGUUCAUUGGCACAAUGGGCAUUAGACUUUGAAGGAAAUCUAAGAAGAAUAUUAGAAAGUAUACGGAUUGCAAAGGAACGUGGUGCAUGCUACCGUCUGGGGCCUGAGUUAGAAAUACCAGGUUAUGGAUGUAAUGAUCACUUUUUGGAAAGUGAUACGUUGCUGCAUUCAUGGGAAUCGUUGGCAUGUAUUCUUGAGAACCCUGUUUGUGACAAUAUCAUUGUUGACGUUGGCAUGCCAGUGGCAUAUCAGCAUACAGUUUAUAAUUGCAGAGUGAUUAUGUUAAAUAAAAAGAUUCUGCUUAUCAGACCUAAAAAGACAUUAGCCAUAAGUGGAAAUUACAGGGAGCAACGAUGGUUUUCACCAUGGUUAAAGGAUUACUGUUUGGAGGAAGUCCAUCUACCACCCUUGAUUACGAAAAUAACUGGUCAGACAAAAGUUCCAUUUGGCGAGGCAAUCAUUGCUACAUUGGAUACAGUUAUUGGUUAUGAAAUAUGCGAAGAACUUUUUUCACCAAACUCACCACACACAAACAUGGCCCUUCAAGGUGUAGAAUUAUUUAUGAAUGGAAGUGGAUCUCACCAUGAAUUAAGAAAAUUAAGUUUAAGAGUUGAACUUAUAGCUCAAGCUACGAAGAAGAAUGGUGGUGCUUAUUUAUAUGCAAACCUAAAAGGCUGUGAUGGAGAGCGGGUAUACUAUGAUGGUUCAAGUAUGAUAUUUCAAAAUGGUAGUUUAGUAGGGCAAGGAGAACAAUUUUCGUUAGAGGAGGUUGACGUUGUUAUAGCAACAGUUGAUUUGGAUGAUAUUCAAACUUACAGGAGGAGUCCGUUUUAUGGAAUCCAAGCAAGUACGAGUCAUGUUUACGAAAAAAUUGAAGUGGACUACACCUUGACUCAUCAUGAUAGUUUGUGCAUUGCUGCAUCUCCUGUUAUACAAGCAAGAAUAUAUAAGCCAGUGGAGGAGAUUGCUUUAGCACCAGCUUGUUGGCUUUGGGAUUAUUUACGUAGAUCUGGAUGUUCAGGAUUCUUCUUACCUUUGAGUGGAGGUAUUGAUAGUUCUUCAACUGCCUGCAUUGUUGCUUCAAUGUGUCGCCUCGUUGUUUCUUCUGUUAAAAGAGGUAACAUUCAAACUUUAAACGAUAUACGUAAGGUUACUCAAGAUCCAUCAUAUAUUCCUGGAGAUGCAAAAGAAUUAUGUAAAAGAAUAUUUGUCACAUGUUACAUGGGUACAGAGAAUUCAUCUUCUGAAACGAAAGCAAGAGCUCAGCAUUUAGCCAAUGAUAUUGGAAGUUAUCAUUUAGGAAUCGUUAUUGAUACAGCCAUACAAGCUAUCAUUAAAAUUUUCACAACUGUCACUGGUGAAACUCCACGUUUUCGUGUAAAUGGAGGUUCCGAUCGAGAAAACCUCGCCCUACAGAACGUGCAAGCUAGAUCUCGAAUGGUGAUGAGUUAUUUCUUUGCCCAGCUAUCUUUGUGGUCUAGAGGAUUGCCUGGUUCCUUACUGGUUCUUGGCUCUGCUAAUGUAGAUGAAAGUCUUCUUGGAUACAUGACAAAGUAUGAUUGCUCGAGUGCUGAUCUCAACCCAAUCGGUGGUAUAAGUAAAAUUGACUUAAAGAAAUUUGUUUUUUAUUGCGUUGAAAAGUAUAAUUUCACUUCUCUCAUUGGGAUUCUCGGAGCUCAACCAACGGCUGAAUUGGAACCUUUGAAAGAAGGGCAGGUACAACAGACAGACGAGGAAGACAUGGGUUUAACAUACGAAGAAUUAUCUGUGUUUGGUCGUCUUCGUAAAAUACAUAAAUGUGGCCCGUAUACGAUGUUUACGAAACUGUUAAGCGAAUGGGGCUCGCGUUUGUCCUGUACAGCAAUAAGUGAGAAAGUGAAACUGUUUUUCAAAAAGUAUGCAAUCAAUAGGCACAAGAUGACUGUGGUCACACCUGCUUAUCAUGCCGAAUCUUACUCUCCUGAUGAUAAUAGGUUUGACCUCCGACCAUUUUUAUACCGCACAAGUUGGCCAUGGCAAUUUCGCAGCAUCGAUCGUGCAGUUGCUACAGCUACUAAAACUUUCGCAGCAACUCCAGCUGAACGUCAACAUAACAACACCCGUACGUUUGAAACAGUUUCAGUGUCUUCUUCGAAUGAUUUACCAAGCCUGCAUGAACAACAUCAAUCUAUGAAGUCACACGACCUACCCACGAUGGCGUCCAUUGAAACAGUUGAGAAAGAAGCCAAUAUGAGGAAAAGAAUAAAACUGGAAGGACAUUGAUGUUGUUUCCUGUUGCGUAUCAGGAGAGCCAGUUUAGACGAACAUGUAAUUUUAUGAACCAACCGGUAAACAGUAUUGCUCGCCAUUAUCGAGUUAACCGCGGAACCUCUGAGAAUAAUCGACAACUCGAGCGAGUGGACUCAUGUUUAAAUUCACCAAUAUGUAUAGAAUUUUUUUUAUUUAUGCAAAUAUUUAUUUCGGAUUUUAGAAGAAACGUUGGCUGUCGCGUACAA